GGGAAUGUCAUUUGACACCAUCUUAGCAACAAAGCCGCUGGCAGCUGCCGGGCUCCGUGCAGCAGCAGCGAGCGGCGCGGCGCGGCGGACCCGGAUCAUGCCGGGGGCUUGAGGGCUCGCCGGAGCCGGGGCGCGGAUCCCCGCCGGGCCGGGGGCAGCUGGGACCCGAGCGAGCGAUGCCGCGGCGCUGAGGAGCCCAGCGCGGGCGCUCCGGCGGCUGCAGCAUGGAGGACGGGCUGGUGUCCGAGGAGGAGAUCUUGCUUCAUUCAGAAAAAGAAUUCCACGAUGCAGCAAAGCGGAACGACAUAGCCAGGAUGCAAGAGCUCAUCAGGACAAAGGUUAACGUCAAAGCCAAAAACAAUACAGACAGGACUGCUCUGCACUGGGCCGCUGGAGCCGGGAACGAGCAAGCCGUGCGGCUGCUGCUGGAGCACGAAGUCCCGGUGGACGACAAAGACAGUUUUGGAAUGAACGCACUCCUCCUCUCUGCUUGGUUUGGCCAUCUGCGCGUUCUUCAGAUCCUCGUGAACGCCGGUGCCAAGAUCAACUGUGUCAAUAAGAAUGGCAGGAACCUGCUGCACUGCGCAGCUCAGAGAGGUCACAUCAAGGUGAUGGAGUUCAUUAUGGAGGACCUGGAGGACGUGCAUGUGGAUAAGACAGACAAGACGGACAAGACGGCGUUUCAUCUGGCUGCAGAGCACGGGAGGUUAGAAGUGGUGGAGUUCUUGAUUGGGUCAGGUUGUAGUCACAGUGUUAAAGACAAGGAAAAGAACACAGCCCUACAUUUAGCUGCUAAAAAUGGGCACCCCACGGUGCUGCAGAAGAUUGUAGAAAUUGGACUGGACCUAGAAGAAAAGAACAUGGAAGGUCUGACUGCUCUGCACUUGGCUGCGGAGGGAGGCCACUACAACUGCGUGAAACUCCUCUUGGAAGCUGGUUGUGACGUUAAUGCCCAAACCCAGAAAGCGAUGACCUGCCUUCAUUAUGCAGCUCUCCAUGGCUAUGAAGACAUGGCCAGGGUCCUUAUUGAUGCAGGAAUCUACAUAGAUGCAGUUAAUCAUCAAAAUGCAUCAGCUGUGCACAUUGCAGUGCUGCAGAACUUCCCAGCCAUCGUUAAAUUCCUCAUCGACACAGAGUGCAACCUGGACAUCCCGGAUAACAGGCAGCAGACACCACUCCAUAUCGCUGCAGAACACGGGAGACAAGACAUAGCUGAGAUGAUUCUCAUAGCAGGAGUUAACUUGAAGUUAAUUGAUAAGCAAGGAAAAACAUCCCUGGAUGUAGCUGCCCGGGGGAACCAUAUCAACUUGGCGGACAUGAUUAUCAAAGCGGAUCGGUUUUACAAAUGGGAGAAGGACAAUCUCAGCAGUGACUCCGACUCCUGGGUGGCAAAACACUUAACCUUUAAACAAGAUCACAGGCUGGAAACGCAGCACAUUCGCUCAGUGAUGUGGAGAUUAGCUACUAAAUACCUCAAACCCAACGAAUGGAAGAAGCUUGCAUACUACUGGAAAUUCACUGAUGCACAUAUCAGAGCCAUUGAGCAGCAGUGGGCAGGGAGCUGCAGUUGUGGAUUAAGACAGAGGUGCUUUGAAAUUCACACUAUGAAGGUUACGGGAAUGUCAUUGCUGAGAUAUUUUCAGACGAGAUGUACUAAAAGCUACAGGGAGCAUGGCCACAGAAUGUUGCUUAUUUGGCUUCAUGGUGUGAUCAUGGCAGGAGAAAAUCCAAUCAAAGGACUAUACGAAGGCCUGGUGGGGAUUUGUAGAAGAGACUUAGCAGAAAGCAUUAGGAAAAAGGCAAAUGAAGAAUCCACUUCUGCAAGGAAGUGUACAGCAAUGUAACAACUGAAGGGGAAAUGACUGUACGAUGCUGCCUCCGCUGACUUUUUCCUAGAACUACAGCGAUUGAACCUGAAGCAUUGAACUAUUCACCAAAAAGUGGCCAUAAAACUUAAGGGCUUCUUGUCAUGACAAGUGGCACUUCUGCUGCUUCCACUUGAGAUCAGGUAAACUACGAGACACAUCAGCACAUGCUAAUUGUAAAACAUCUUUAUCCAAGUGUGGGGUUUAUUUGCUGUUGCAGAGAUGCUGGUGAGUAUAAUACAAGCUAAGUGAAAAGUCUCAUUUGUGCUACUGUGACUACGUUUCAAUCAGGACUCUGAUAUUUUCUUACUGUAAUUUGUUUACAUCUCGUUUUUUGUAUGUAUAAUUUUUUUUAAUUGUCUUAUAAGUUACAAAGGGGAGAACCUUUCUAUUUAACAUGUAGUCAGAUGUGUUCUUUACCCAAACAUCUUCAGUUUUUGUCCAUGGCACCUGUGGUUUACUGUGGGAGGAAUGCUCAAUUGUUUAGCUGCUGGUGUCGUUACAUUUGUUGGGGGGGGGGGGGGGCGGGAGAGGGGUGUUACCUGGACUGUAUUAAAGAAGGGAUCAUAUUUUGGAUCCCAAAGCCUCGACAGUUUCCCAUUAGCUGGCAUUUGAAAGGCUACAAAUUCCAUAGUCCUGUGCAAUUGAAUGGUUGUUAUUUGCGCUUUCCAAGUCAUACUAUAGAUUUGAGCCAUCUUCACACAAAUACACAAUACAGUUUUGUUAGCAUCAAUACUUUUCCAAUUCAUUUUACCUUAUAUAGAUGAACCACCUCUACCUUUUUGUGCUCUAAAAGUGCACAACUCAAAAGCAAGAGGGAUUUGAAGGGUCAGUUCCCCUCCUUGGCGCAUAAACAUCUGUAUAUUCCCUAAAGGGGAAAAUGUCAGCAUACAGGCUAACAUGUUAUCGCCACACAGGUAGCCUAGCCUUGAGUGCCAGUACGCGGUUUACUCGAUUUCAGUACGGAAGAGGUAAUCACCUGUUAUUUAUACCAACCCUCACAAAGAGCACACUUUUCUUAAACACUCAGAAAUUUGUCAUGUGAAGUUUUGUAUUUUUUACAGUGUUUAAGGGGGAAAUCAAAUCUGUUCUCCAAUAAACUAGAAUAUUUUUCCUGUAA